AUGAAAGCUGAAAAAUGGUGCAACAAGUGCAAGAGCAAGACACACAAUACCAAGGAUUGCAGAGCAAGAAGAGACGGUGUAAAGACGGCCGCUGAAACCGGCGAAGAGAACGCUAAAAUACAUUCAUUUGCAUUUACACUUAAGGAAAAUAAUUCUAAUGGAGGUAAGACCUCAAAUCUACUAGUAGAUACAGGGGCAACAAGUCAUAUAAUUAAUGAUAAAUCUAAAUUUGUAAAUUUUGAUGAGAAGUUCGACCCAAGUAAUCAUGUAAUAGAGUUAGCUGACGGAAGUAAAGCUAAUGUUGUUUUAGGUAAAGGUAACGCUAAAGUUAAAUUGUACGAUAUUAAUGGUAAUUUACAAGAUGUAAUGCUUAGUAACGCGCUGUAUAUUCCGUCUUAUCAGCAAAAUAUUUUCUCCGUUCCUGCUGCAAUAGAGAAGGGGGCUGCUGUUAGCUUAGAUAGGCAAGUUAGAGAGUACAGGGACCCCGAGGGAACAGUGUUUGGCAUCGAACAG